AACAAUUUUGUUGUUGGUUUGAUCUUUUAUAGUGCCAUCAUGGCUGAGGAUUGGGGAGCCGUUGAUGAUGCUGCACCUGUUGUAGUUGCACCUGAAGUUCAGGAUAUUAAACUGUUUGGAAAAUGGAGCACAGAUGAUGUUCAAGUCAGUGACAUCAGCUUAACUGUAAGUGCAGCCUCUCAUCAUUACUAUAACCUUUCUCUUGUGGCUCUGUAUGGAAAGCCCAUCUGGAGGUCUAUUUAGUUUAAAUUUUUGAAAAGAAUGUACUUUAUGUGUUUAUCUUAGUUUCUUCUGUAGCUUUUGACAUGUUUUAUAAUUUACAGGACUACAUUGCAGUUAAAGAGAAGUAUGCCACUUAUCUACCCCACACUGCGGGUCGUUAUGCUGCAAAACGGUUUAGGAAGGCACAGGUAAAUGAUAGGAAAUAGCUGGAAUUCUGCAUGGGUUGGUUAUCAUUUGAUAAAGGGCUCUCUUCACUGUAUCAACUCUCCUACCAAGGAUAUUGGUUGACAGUAGUUGGUAGUCUCUCCAAUAUUCCAUUACAACUCAGUCCUUUACAUAUACUUUUUGUUUAGUUGGGCAAUGUUGUUAAGAUGAAAAGAUACCUUAUUUUGGAUGAUUUUAUCCUAAAUUUUCAUAAUUAUACUGAAUCAGUUAUUUCUAUGAUAGGACAUUUGUAUGAUAACAUCUUUUGAAUAUCAAGACCAGACUGCAUUUGGUUUUUCCUUUCCUUUUUUAAUUUGAUAAUCCCAGUGAGGUUGAAAUAACAAAAGCCUUAAUUUGCACAAGAAAGCAAAACCCUGAAGGAUUCUGGUUGAAGUAGUAAAAUGAUGCCAUUGUGUAAAUGGCCUGUUGUCAGAUUUAGUGAUUGAGUUUUGAUCUAUGACUAAGCAAAAUGUGAUGUUGAUCGACAAAAUAGUGUUUAAUUAAUGAUCUGGUUAAGACAGGAAGCAAUUUCUUUUGUUAUGGUACAAUCGCUUUCCUCACAUAGGAUUUUUUUUCAUUUUCACACAAAGAAUGCAGGAACUGCAUAAAGGCAGUUUACGAAAUAAAGUUCCCUCUUAUCUGGACCAUUACUUGAAUUGGGGGAAGGGUGGGAGGUGCAUGGAGUAAACAAGGUGCAAAGAAAGUUGCAGCUUGCCAUUCGGGCAAGCUGUAGCAAGCAUUUACUAGCCCAAAAGUCAUUUCCAAAAGUUAUUUUAAGUAGCCAGAAAAAAAUGUUUGAUGAAUAGGAUUGAUUACAGUUCUUAUGUAAUUUAAAUUCCCCACAAAGCUUCACUUUCCCAUCAGGCAAGUUAUGUUGUACUGUCAUCCUGUCCCUUGUGUCUGUUUUAAAAGUUGUUGUUGUUAUGGUAUCAUGUCUAGUGCCCUAUUGUGGAGCGUCUGGUGAACUCCAUGAUGAUGCAUGGACGUAACAAUGGCAAGAAACUCAUGACUGUCACAAUUGUGAAGCAUGCAUUUGAGAUCAUUCAUCUGCUAACUGGAGAGGUAAGUCAUAGUAAGAGAAAAAUUUUCUUUUCCGCUUGCCCUUCAAACAAGCACUAUAUUAAACUUGGUUGUCUGAAACGCAAGAGUUCUUGUCCAAAAAGUUUUGUUUGAAACUCAAAACUCAAAACAAUUGGGUAUUUAAUGUUUUUUACUGAUAUUUCUUGAUCGUACUUUAUUCUUAAGAAUCCCCUACAAGUGUUGGUGAAUGCCAUCAUUAACAGUGGACCACGUGAGGACUCCACCCGUAUUGGUCGUGCAGGUACUGUCCGUCGUCAAGCGGUUGAUGUGUCCCCACUGAGGCGAGUGAAUCAAGCUAUUUGGCUGCUCUGUACUGGGGCUCGUGAAUCAGCCUUUAGGAACAUCAAGUCAAUUGCUGAAUGCCUCGCUGAUGAACUUAUCAAUGCUGCUAAGGUCUGUAUAGUUUUAGAGAGAAAUCUUUUCCAUUUUUCCUAUGUUGUCAAUUAUUAAUUCUCUCUGUUAACACAGUUUCCCUCAAACUGAUGUGCUUUUUAUAAUGCCAAUUGACUCAAUGAAACCCCUAGAAUCUCCUGGCCUAAAAGCAAGACUCUAUCCCUUCUUAAAGGUUCUAUUUACAGACACUAAAUAUGGUAGAUAGCAGUAACUAUUCCUUAUUUCUUCAAAGGUGAAGGGAUUGUUAGAUUUGAAAAAAGGUUUGGUGAUGAAACUGAAUUAAGUGAACAUGAACACACCUGAUAGUGUCAUUGUACAUAUUACUUUUAGCUCAUCUUUGAUAUGCUGUAUUCUACAGUGUUAUAAGGCUCUAGUCCCUCCCCAUUUGAUAUGUUUUUACAAUCUCUUCUCCUCUGCACCUUCAAUGUUAAGAGGCAGUGUCUGUAAAAUUGGUCCAGUACCUUCAGGGUCAAAAAAUAGUUUGCCCUCAAACUUUGCCUUGUAAAUCAUCGUUUAUAAGUAAAUGAAAUAACCUUCAUUUUAGGAAAUACUUCAAAAGACAUAUGUGAGAGCACUCAACUGUCAAACUGCUAAAUACCUUGAAUUUGUAUGUGGCAAAAGCCAAAAAAUUACACAAAUUACCAAGCUCGUUUCUCCAAAUCCACCAAACGCAAGAAAAAAUUGUUGUUAAUUAUAGGUUAAGGGGUUCAUUAACAGUGUGGAUAAUAUGAUAAUUUUAUAUUCUGUUGAACUGAAUAGUUUAUUGCUGGAAAUCAGUCUUAGAGCACCUAAAUCAACAACAACAACCACUGAUUUUGGUUGUCUCCCCUCUUAUUUCUAUGACUGGUGUGCUUUUUUCAGGGAUCAUCAAAUUCCUAUGCCAUCAAGAAGAAAGAUGAGUUGGAACGUGUUGCCAAGUCUAACCGUUAA